CCUGGACAAAGAUACAAAUUAUCCAACUGUACAGAACUCAUCUGUAAGGGAGACAACAAGGUAGAAGUAAUUCCAACGCACUGCCCACCUGUAAAGGAAAUUACCUGUGCGAACAAAUAUCCGGCAAUACUGGUACCUGAUGAAAAUGGCUGCUGUUACCACUAUGAGUGUCAAUGUGUGUGCAGUGGCUGGGGUGAUCCCCAUUAUAUUACUUUUGAUGGAACCUACUAUACUUUCCUCGAAAACUGCACUUACGUCCUAGUGAAACAGAUUGUACCUAAAUAUGACAACUUCCGUGUUUACAUUGACAAUUAUUACUGCAAUGCAAGAGAUGGACUUUCCUGCCCUAAAUCCAUUCUUAUUUUCUACAAAUCCGCAGAAGUGGUGCUGACCCGUAAACUCAUGAAUGGUGUGAUGACCAAUGUGAUGUACUUCAACCAAAAGAUUGUCAAACCAGGCUUCAAAAAAGAUGGCAUUACUUUCUCCACACUUGGCAUCAAUAUGAUUGUUGAAAUACCAGAGAUUGGUGCAACCAUCACGUUUAGUGGGAUGAUUUUUUCGGUGAAACUCCCAUACAGCAAAUUUGGCAACAACACCGAAGGACAGUGUGGAACAUGUACAAAUAAUAAAUCAGAUGAAUGCCGCUUACCAAGUGGUAAGAUUAUUUCUUCCUGUCCUCAAAUGGCUUAUCACUGGAUCGUUGAUAACAACAAGUCAUGCCAUGGAGUACCAAUAAAACCAGGUGUAACCACACCUCCACCAAAGCCUCACUGUGAAAAGCCUCAUCUCUGCAAGCUUAUCUGGAGCAAGAUUUUUGCAGAAUGUCAUGCUGUGAUACCACCAGAACCAUUUUUCGAAGGCUGUGUUUUUGAUGGAUGUCGCAUAGCCAAUGAAUCCAUGCAGUGUUCCAGUUUGGAGAUGUAUGCUACAGAGUGUGCUGCUAGAGGUGUCUGCAUUGACUGGAGAGGAAAGAUCAACAAUACAUGCCCAUACAACUGUCCAGCAGGCAUGGUAUACAAGCCAUGUGGGCCCAUUAAUCCUGCUACCUGUGACCCACGCUUUGUUGAGCUUCCUGGCUAUGGAGUAACUGAAGGAUGUUUCUGUCCUGAAGGAAUGACACUUAUGAGUGAAGACAGCAAUGUCUGUGUCUCUGAAUGCUCUUGUAGGGAACCAAAUGGAGUAUCCAGAUGGCCUGGAGCUGUCAUUCCAUCAGGCCCCUGUGAGGAAUGCACCUGCUCUGAAUCCUCUUACUCAAGCCCUCACCACACUACUGUCAAGUGCAAGCCUGUUAUCUGUGACACAUACUGCCCAGCUGGUUAUAGGUAUACAAAGAAACCUGGACAGUGCUGUGGCACGUGCAAGGCAGCAGCUUGUGUAGUGACUGUGGGAGACAACAUUACACACGUGCUCCAAGUUGGAGAAUUCUGGAACCCACCUGGUGAUAACUGUACAACUUAUACAUGUGAAAAAUAUGAUGACCAGUUCAUUCCAGUUGUCUUACAGAAAAGAUGUCCUCCCUUUAACCCUGAUGACUGUGAUCCAGAUGACAUCAAGCUAUCUGACGAUGGCUGCUGUAGAGUGUGCCACAGAAAACUGGAGAGAAUUUGGGGCAGAACAACCCCACCCUCUCACGCAAGCAGGCACCACAAACGAAAUCACACGCUUUCCGCCCUGAAACGACUUAGUGGAGCGCAAGCUAAGCCGCCUCAGCAAGGAGCCCAGAUUGAAAUCCAACAGGAAACAGGAAGCAAAUACACUGAGGCUGUUCAGCAGAAACAAAACACAUCUACUCCAGUUUCAUCUAAGGUGAACAUCAUCCAGCCAAUGCUGACAAAUCCAGUAAUAAUACCUUCCAAUCCUGCUCACAAUGGCCGUGUGUGCAGCACAUGGGGCAACUUCCACUUCAAGACCUUUGACGGAGACAUAUUCUCCUUCCCUGGGCUCUGUAAUUAUGUUUUUGCAUCCCAUUGCAAUGCUCCCUAUGAGGAUUUCAACAUCCAGAUUAGGCGCACAGUGGUAGAAAAUGCUCCAACAAUCAACCGUAUCACCAUGAAACUUGAAGGUGUAGCUGCUGAACUAACAAAGGAUGUUGUCAUGAUCAAUAGCAACAGAGUUCAACUGCCAUACAGCCAAUCUGGAAUUACAAUAGAGAAAAGCAGCAUUUAUGUGAAAGUUGCCAGCAAAAUGGGUAUUGUGUUAAUGUGGAAUGAAGAUGACAGUAUCCUGCUGGAAUUGAAUGAGAAAUAUGCCAAUCAAACCUGUGGACUUUGUGGGGACUUCAAUGGCUUUCCAAUUUACAAUGAGUUCUAUUCAAACAAUAUUAAGAUGACAGCCUUGCAGUUUGGGAAUAUGCAGAAAAUGGAUGGACCAACAGAACACUGUGAAGACUCCACUUCUACCCUGCCAGAUAAUUGCACUGACAACUUUGAUGACAUAUGCCAGCAAACAUUGACCAGCUCUGCAUUUGCAGAGUGUAAUGACCUAGUUGAUGUUAGAGAGUACAUUAUGGCUUGCCAAGAUGACUUGUGCCGCUCUGAAGAGUCUAAAAAUGCCUCAUGUAUCUGUGACACCUUUGCUGAAUACUCCCGGCAGUGUGCUCAUGCUGGUGGGCAUCCUCUGAACUGGAGAACACCAAAACUGUGUCCCAAGAAGUGUCCUUACAACAUGCAGUACCAGGAGUGCAGCUCCCCCUGUGCUGACACAUGCACCAAUCCUGAACGAUCUCAGUUUUGUGAAGAACACUGUGUGGAUGGUUGUUUCUGCCCCCCAGGAUAUGUAUUUGAUGACAUCAACAAUUCUGGCUGCAUUCCCCAUCAGCAGUGCUCCUGUGUUUACAAUGGCAACACCUACGCUACAGGAACUUCUUUUUCAGAGCAAUGCCAUUCCUGUACCUGUAAUGGAGGCCAGUGGAGCUGCCAAGACAUGUCAUGCCCAGGAACAUGUUCAGUAGAGGGAGGUUCGCACAUUUCCACAUACGAUAAAAAACACUAUGAUCACCAUGGAGACUGCACUUACGUCCUUUCUAAGCACUGUAAAGAAGAAUCAUUCACCAUCCUGGUAGAACUACGCAAAUGUGGCCGAACAGACACUGAGACAUGCUUAAAGACAGUGACCCUCAGCGUGAAUAAAGGAGAAACUCUCAUCGAGGUCAAACCUGAUGGUGGUGUGUUUGUGAACUCAAUCUACACCCAGCUGCCCAUCUCAGCAGCUAAUGUCACCGUGUUCAGACCUUCAUCAUUCUUCAUCAUCAUGCAGACAAACUUUGGUGUCCACCUUGAAAUCCAAAUCACACCCAUCAUGCAAGUGUUUGUUCGACUGGAUCCUAUUUUCAAAGACCAGACCUGUGGUCUCUGUGGAAAUUUCAAUAAUAUCCAAACUGAUGACUUCAAGGCCACAAGUGGAAUAAUUGAAGGAACAGCAACAGCAUUUGCCAACACGUGGGGAACUCAGGCUUCAUGCCCUAAUAUCCAGCGCAGUUUUGAGAACCCUUGUGCACUCAGCAUUGAUAAUGAAAAAUAUGCUCAGCAUUGGUGUGGACUACUAACGGACAGCAAAGGACCUUUUGGUGGUUGUCACUAUGCAGUGAAUCCCUCUGUUUACCACAUGAACUGCAUGUUUGACACAUGUAACUGUGAAAACAGUGAGGACUGUCUGUGUGCAACCCUGUCUUCCUACGUGAGAGCUUGUGCUGCAAAAGGAAUCCAGCUGCACGGAUGGAGGACUGAUGUCUGCUCAAAAUACACCACCUCAUGUCCCAAAUCCCUAAGCUACAGCUAUGACAUCUCGUCCUGUCAACCCACUUGUCGGUCUCUGAGUGAGCCUGAUGUCACAUGCAACAUUAAGUUUGUCCCAGUUGAUGGUUGCACCUGCGUAAAUGGAACUUACAUGGAUGAGAGUGGCAAAUGUGUGCCUGCUAAUGAAUGCCCCUGCUACUACAGAGGAUCUCCCAUACCAUUUGGAGAAGUUGUCCAUGAAGAUGGGCUUUUAUGCUCUUGCAUCCAGGGAAGACUGAAUUGCAUUGGAGCACCCAAUCCAACUCCAGUCUGUGAAUCUCCCAUGGUCUACUUUGACUGUAGAAACAUCACUGCAGGAGCAAAUGGAGCAGAAUGUCAAAAAAGUUGCCAGACUCUGGAUGUGCAGUGUUAUAGCACGCAAUGUAGAUCUGGCUGUGUGUGCCCAGCUGGGCUUGUGUUAGAUAGGAAUGGUGCUUGUAUACCUGAAGAAGAAUGUCCAUGUAUUCACAAUGAAGCCAUGUAUCAGCCUGGGGAAAAGAUCAACGUUGACUGUAACACCUGUGUAUGCAAGAAUAGGAAGUGGGAAUGCACCGAAGAUCAAUGUCUGGGCACUUGUGCUGUUUAUGGAGACGGUCAUUAUAAUACCUUUGAUGACAAAAGGUUCAGCUUCAAUGGAAACUGUGAAUACACACUAGUCCAGGACCACUGUGGGAAGAGUGGCACAGCCAAUGGGACCUUCAGGGUUAUCACUGAAAAUAUUCCUUGUGGCAACACCGGGACAACAUGCUCAAAAUCUAUAAAAGUUUUCUUAGAGGGCUAUGAACUGAUACUUGGUGAGGAGCAUGUCAGUGUUGUAAAGAGAGGACAAAAUGAUAAGGUGCCAUACACAGUCCGCUAUAUGGGUAUGUACAUGGUAAUUGAGACCAUGAGCGGACUGAUCCUCAUGUGGGACAAGAAAACCAGCAUCUUCAUCAAGCUCAGCCCUGAUUUUAAGGGCCAGAUCUGUGGCCUCUGUGGAAAUUAUGACGGCAAUGGCAUCAAUGACUUUACUACAAGGAGUCAGUCUGUAGUAGAGAACGUCCUAGAGUUUGGAAACAGCUGGAAAGUAUCCUCUACGUGUCCUGAUGCUUACAGCAUAAAGGACCCAUGUUCUACCAACCCUUAUCGAAAGUCCUGGUCAGAGAAGCAGUGUAGCAUCAUCAACAGCAACGUCUUUGCUGCCUGUCACUCUCAGGUUGAACCAGCAAAAUAUUACCAAGCAUGCGUGACAGACGCUUGUGCAUGUGACACUGGAGGAGACUGUGAUUGCUUUUGUACAGCAGUAGCUGCCUAUGCUCAAGCAUGUAGUGAAGUUGGUGUCUGCAUAGCCUGGAGAACCCCAUCAAUCUGUCCACUGUUCUGUGAUUACUACAAUCAACAAGGGGAAUGUGAAUGGCACUAUAAGCCUUGUGGAGCCUCCUGUAUGAAGACCUGUAGGAACCCAAGUGGAAAAUGCCUCCAUAAUUUACCAGGUUUAGAAGGCUGCUACCCUAACUGCCCACCAGACAAGCCAUAUUUUCAUGAGGAUCAGAUGAAAUGUGUCAGUCUCUGUGACUGUUAUGAUAAUGAAGAUGGAAAGAUAUAUAGACGGGAUGAAUGUAAUUUAUGUGAAUGCACAUCAGAAGGUUUACAGUGCAGGUUUGAUGAUAAAGAAACAACAACCACAAGACCAGUGACAGAUGUAUGUGUGAAGAAUCUAUGUGCAUGGUCACAAUGGUAUGAUUCCACACAGCCUGAAAAUAAAGAGGACAGUGGAGAUUAUGAAACAUUUGAAAAUCUCAGACAUAAAGGAUACAGUGUGUGUAAAAACCCAAACGGUGUUCAAUGCAGAGCCAAAGAAUACCCAGAUACAGAAAUAAACAAUCUUAACCAAACGGUACAAUGCAGUCAAAGCAGGGGAUUAAUAUGCAAUAACAAAGACCAACAAAGUAAGCACUGCUAUAAUUAUGAAAUCAGAAUAUCAUGCUGCAACUACAUACAAUGUUCAGAAUUACGAACUACAACACCAAGAACCAUGGAAGAAUUCACAACAACAACUGCUGUAACAUCAGCAACACCAUUUACAUUACAGACAAGGACAAAACCAACAACACAAAAACAAACUGAAGUGCAAAAAACCGAAGUACCUCCAACAUUAGGAAAAGAAAGAGAACGCCCGACUCCAAUGACAGGAACUCCAACUACAGCAAAGACAUCACAAGUCUCAACAACAGGUUACCAGACCACGUCAGCUCCACAAGAAAUCACCACUGUGGCAACCCGGACUCCAGCAUCACCCACUACUGCCUCCACCCUCACCAAAUCAGCAAUUAAAACCACCACUGGCACCACGGUUGUUCCCAGUACCACUGCCCCUCCAACUCAAGGCACAACUAUCAUCACUACCACCAGCAGGGCCAGCACCGCCAAGACCUCUGCCCCUCCAACACAAGGAACGACCAUCAUCACAACUACACCAACUGUGCCCACCUCAGCAGCCAGCAGUACCAGCACCUCCAGGACAACCGUAAGAAGCACCACAACGUCCACAGCCACGUCUGCUCCAGAAGAAACAUCCACUGUGGCAACACAGGCUCCAACAUCCCUCACUACUGCCUCCACUGUCCCCGAAACAAAAAUAAGUAUCACUGCUGGCACCACGGUUGUUCCCAGUAUCACUGCCCCUCCAGCUCAAGGCACAACUAUCAUCACUACUACCAGCAGGGCCAGCACUGCCAAGACCUCUCCCCCUCCAACACAAGGAACGACCAUCAUCACAACUACACCAACUGUGCCCACCUCAGCAGCCAGCAGUACCAGCACCUCCAGGACAACCGUAAGAAGCACCACAACGUCCACAGCCACGUCUGCUCCAGAAGAAACAUCCACUGUGGCAACACAGGCUCCAGCAUCACCCACUACUGCCUCCACUGUCACCGAAAGAGUAAUAAGUACCACCCCUGGCACCACAGCUGUCCGCAGGACCACUGCCCCUCCAAAAUCAGGAACAACCAUGAUCACACUCACACCAACUGUGCCCACCUCAGCAGGCAGCAGUACCAGCACCUCCAGGACAGCUGUAAGAAGCACCACAAUCUCCACAGCCACGUCUGCUCCAGAAGAAACAUCCACUGUGGCAACACAGGCUCCAGCAUCACCCAGUACUGCCUCCACUGUCCACAAAACAGUAAUAAGUACCACUGCUGGCACCACGGUUGUCCCCAGUACCACUGCCCCUCCAACUCAAGGCACAACUAUCAUCACUACCACCAGCAGGGCCAGCACUGCCAAGACCUCUCCCCCUCCAACACAAGGAACGACCAUCAUCACACCCACUAGCAGGCAGAGCACCACCAAGACCUCUCCCCCUCCAACACAAGGAACGACCAUCAUCACACCCACUAGCAGGCAGAGCACCACCAAGACCUCUCCCCCUCUGAAAGGUGUCACAACCACCACCACACCAGCAACAACAGCGCCCACCUCAGUAGCCACCACCACCGCAAGCACCUCCAAGACCACAAACAUCUGCCAGCCACAAUGUGCCUGGACGCAGUGGUUUAACUUGGAUUCCCCUAGCCCCGGUAGAGAAAAUGGAGACGUAGAGACGUUUGCAAAAAUCCGAGCCGCUGGGUAUGCACUGUGUGACAAGCCACAAGACAUCAACUGCCGUGCUAAAGAUUAUCCUGAUAGGAGUCUGGACAAACUGGGACAGAAAUUUGAGUGCAGCCUUGACACUGGGCUUGUGUGCAGAAAUAAGGAUCAGAUCAGAAAGUACCCCAUGUGCUUUGACUAUGAGGUCAAGGUGCUGUGCUGUGACCGUAAACACUGCCAGACAACAUCAGCACCCCCAGGCACCACUGCAGGCUCCUCCACCACAACCUUUCCUGGAGAAACCUCCACUGUGGCAACCCAGACUCCAACAUCACUCGCUACUGCCUCCACUGUCCCCAAAACACUAAUAAGUACCGCCCCUGGCACCACAGCUGUCCGCAGGACCACUGCCCCUCCAACACAACGAACAACCAUCAUCACAACUACACCAACUGUGCCCACCUCAGCAGCCAGCAGUACCAGCACCUCCAGGACAACCGUAAGAAGCACCACAACGUCCACAGCCACGUCUGCUCCAGAAGAAACAUCCACUGUGGCAACACAGGCUCCAACAUCCCUCACUACUGCCUCCGCUGUCCCCGAAACAAAAAUAAGUAUCACUGCUGGCACCAUGGUUAUCCCCAGUACCACUGCCCCUCCAACUCAAGGCACAACUAUCAUCACUACCACCAGCAGGGCCAGCACCGCCAAGACCUCUCCCCCUCCAACACAAGGAACGACCAUCAUCACAACUACACCAACUGUGCCCACCUCAGCAGCCAGCAGUACCAGCACCUCCAGGACAACCGUAAGAAGCACCACAACGUCCACAGCCACGUCUGCUCCAGAAGAAACAUCCACUGUGGCAACACAGGCUCCAACAUCACUCACUACUGCCUCCGCUGUCCCCGAAACAAAAAUAAGUAUCACUGCUGGCACCACGGUUAUCCCCAGUACCACUGCCCCUCCAACUCAAGGCACAACUAUCAUCACUACCACCAGCAGGGCCAGCACUGCCAAGACCUCUCCCCCUCCAACACAAGGAACGACCAUCAUCACAACUACACCAACUGUGCCCACCUCAGCAGCCAGCAGUACCAGCACCUCCAGGACAACCGUAAGAAGCACCACAACGUCCACAGCCACGUCUGCUCCAGAAGAAACAUCCACUGUGGCAACACAGGCUCCAACAUCACUCACUACUGCCUCCGCUGUCCCCGAAACAAAAAUAAGUAUCACUGCUGGCACCACGGUUAUCCCCAGUACCACUGCCCCUCCAACUCAAGGCACAACUAUCAUCACUACCACCAGCAGGGCCAGCACCGCCAAGACCUCUCCCCCUCCAACACAAGGAACGACCAUCAUCACAACUACACCAACUGUGCCCACCUCAGCAGCCAGCAGUACCAGCACCUCCAGGACAACCGUAAGAAGCACCACAAUGUCCACAGCCACGUCUGCUCCAGCAGAAACAUCCACUGUGGCAAUACAGACUCCAACAUCACCCACUACCACCUUCAGUCUUCCACAGUCAGGAAUUAGAAGCACCAUAUAUAUUCUUCCAACAUCUGUUUCUUCUACUGGACAAACUACUGCCACCGCUGUUUUCACCACAAGUUUCACUACCACAAGGAGCCCAGUAUCUGUGUUAGACAUGUGUGUGAGUGGACCCUAUAGCUUGAUAUUACUUAUCCUGAGCUUGGAGGAGACAGUGGUGACUUUGAAACUUUUGAAAACAUUUGAGCUAAAUGUCAUAAUAAUUGCCAAAUCCCAGAUGAUAUUUAGCGUAGAGCUAAAAGAUUUCCACAAUCUCCACUUAUCAGUAGGUCAAAUAGUUGAAUGCAACAAAAACUUUGGCUUGAUUUGCCGGAAUGUUGAACAGUCCUCUCCAAUAUGUUAA